CGAGCCAUUUCGCAACAUCCAUGCAGUAGAUCGCGCCACGCAGGAGCUCCAGCAGCUCGUCUCUCUCUCUCUCUCUUUUGGGAGCUUCGUACUACCUAACAUAGCACAUACUUUGGAUUAAACGCACAGGGGUGGCCACUUUGGAGACUUAAGAUCCCAUAAUGUGUUUUUACCGAUGGACUGGUUCUCGAACGCGAAUAACAGAAGUGAUAUGCGCCCCUUUGGAUGAGUCUCCACUCCGAGAAAGCACUUUUUUUUGUUUCCACGCAGAGCUCACCGGCGGACGUGAUGUGCACAUUGGUGUUGGAUUUUACACUCAGACAGCCGCCGUCUGAAUUUUUCUUUUGGAUUACACUGACAACUGGACGCGUUUAUUUUUAAGUGUGCACUGGUUUCUGCAGGACUCCAUGCAGUCUCAAAGGCAGAGGAGUGAAGGGCGACCCCGAGCUGGAUGGAUGGUUAUGGGGGAAAGAGGCAGACCCUCGGCGCUUGAAGUGUGCAGAGUCCUCGCUGUCUUUCUCUCACUCUUUCCUUCAGUGAGUCUGCAGUGCAAGAUCCUAAAGUGCAACUCGGAAUUUUGGGCCUCCACCUCUAACACAGGACCCGAGGAAGAGUUUUGCACGGCCCUGCGUGCCUAUAACAGCUGUGUGCGACGUACCGCUCGUACCUGCAGGGGCGACUUGGCGUACCACUCGGCCCAGCAUGGCAUCGAGGACCUCAUGAGCCAGCACAACUGCUCCAAGGAGGGACCCACAUCGCAACCCCGCACCCGGACCCCGCUUCCCCCUCCACCACCGCCGCUGCCGCCUGACAGCCAGGAGCGCUCGGACGGCCCCGAAAUGUGUCACUACGAGCGCAGCCUUCUGCGCAAUGCGGCAGCGCCAAACUUCACCCACUGCGGCUUUUUUGGAGACCCCCACCUGCGGACCUUCGGGGAUGACUUUCAGACAUGUAAGGUGGAGGGGGCCUGGCCGCUCAUUCACAACAAAUACCUGUCGGUACAGGUGACCAACACUCCUGUGGUGCCGGGCUCUUCAGCAACUGCAACAAGCAAGCUGACAAUCAUCUUUAAAAACUUCCAGGAAUGCGUGGACCAGAAGAUGUACCACGCAGAGACGGACGAACUCCCGGCAGCCUUCGCCGACGGCUCAAAGAAUGGCGGUGAACGUCACGGCGCCAACGCCCUGCGCGUGGUGGAGAAGGUCCCUGGACAACACGUGGAGAUCCAAGCCCGCUACAUCGGAACCACGAUAGUGGUGCGCCAGGUGGGCCGUUACUUGACCUUUGCCGUGCGCAUGCCGGAGGAGGUGGUCAACUCGGUGGAGGAAGACGACAACCAGGACUUGUACCUGUGCCUACACGGGUGCCCCGCCAACCAGCGCAUCGACUUCAAGAACAUGAGGGCCCACAGCACAGACCGGACCAGGGGCUUCACCUACCAGUCUGCAAAAGCCAAGUGCAAGGAGCGUCUUCCCGUGGAGGAUCUCUACUUUCAGUCCUGCGUCUUCGACCUACUGUCCUCUGGGGACAUCAACUUUACCAUGGCCGCCUACUACGCCCUGGAGGACGUCAAGAUGCUGCACUCGAACAGCAAGCGAUAUCACAUCUUCGAGAAGGAUGCCUUCACGAGGAACGCUGCACCGGGGAAGCGAGGCAUAGACGUACCAUCGCUCUUCCUGUUCCUCGUCGCUGUCCUCUUGUGGAUUGGUCUAUAGUCACUUUAGGAGUGUGGCCUGCAUCAGCGUGCGUUCUUGGACGUGAGCGGCGCUUGUGUUUGUUGUACGCUCACGUUCAUCUCACGGAGCUGGACACGCUCCCACCUGCCAUCACCGUGGGCUUUAGCUGCUCUUUGGAGAGAAAGUCCACCUGGGAUGAUAUCACUGGAGACAAAGAAGGAUCCAUCCUGCUUCAUGGAGGAGCUGACAGGAGAGGCUUUUGGUCGCUAAUGUUUCAUUAGUUUCCACAAUUCUUCUUUUUUUGGAUGUCUCCAGUCUGCUGUGGAGAUGAUGAAUGGGUUAUUUUCUGUUGUUUGUGUGUGUGUGUGUGUGUGUGUGUGUUUGUGCACGCAAGACCAUUAACUGUGGUUGCUUCAGUGUGUUUUGUGGGUGCAGGAGUCACCGUAACAUAAAUGGAAAAAGGACGAGAUCAGAUGAAAAAAAAAAAAAAAAAAAACGUAAGACUUUGAUUUUCAGAGGCAUUGUUGAUCAGUGUUUGUGUUCUAUUGUUUGUAAUGUGAAUGUAGAUAAGACAAGAGAGCCAUGGAACAACAGUUGACCAUACAAGGCACACUCCGAAAGUUUACAGAAUGUAUGCUAAAUGGUGACAGUUGUAGUCUAUUUAGAAUUCUUUGACAUACCGUCAUUUCUCUUAGGGUGGUGUUUAGUUUACUCGAAUACAGAAAGGCGUGUUGUUCUACGAAUAGAUGUUCAUAAGAUUAAAUUAUACACAUCGCUGUGCAAACGUGUUACGUUGCCACUAGGCGUGUAAUGAUACGGCAUCCUCACAGUUUGGUUGCGCCUCAGUAUUAAGGCCACGGUCCGGUUCGUUUUUGGUACAGUAAAGAACAAAAUGCUAAAACAUGAAACUGCUUAGCUUUUGUGUCGCAUGAUUUUUUUAAAAUAAAGCCUGAAAAUGUAUUUACAACCUGCUGACAGGUAAUUCUCCAAUUAAACGAAUGGAAAUAUAAUUUAAUAUUAGAAUAUAAAAAUCUAAAUACAAAUAAUAAUUAGAAAUAAAUUGUAAUGGAAUAAAAUAUAGUCCAAAAUGUAGUUGACUUUCAGUCACACUACCCCAGCUUGUGGAGGAGCAUCGCCAACGCUGAGCGUCCUGUUCGUCACUAGAAAUGUGAACAGAAUGGGAAAUCGGUACAGAGUUUUCGGCUCGGCGCAGCUGCAUACCGAUUUGACCCAAAUACAUGUCGUUACACCAGGUACUGUAAGUCCGUAAGUCUAGGCGCGUGGUCUCUUGGUGGAAGUACGGUGUGUGUAAAAGACAACAUAAAGCAUGUAGAUGUGAUUUCAUGGCCAAAGAACAAGCCAUUGUGCCAAGUGAACAUUUAGUGCUACACUGUAUAAAAGCAGCAUUUACUUCUCAUUUCAGUUGCCAGAGGCUCUCUUGGUGUGCCGUUGUGUGUGUGUGUGUGUGUGUUCAUUUUAACACUGAAGUAUUUGUCAGCCUCACUGCUGCAGUAUGACAACAGGAGCAUCUAAGUGAUUGUAAUGUACAAUGUGGUGUUUUGUUUGUAGAUUGCAUUGACUUUAUAGUGUGUAAUGUGAGAUUGUACAUAGUGUGUGUGUGUGUGUGUGUCAGUGACUUGUGUUGUUUUGAAUUACAUUUACAGGUUGUUUUAUUUUUUUGUGAAUGUGAAAUUUCAUGAUUUUAAAAGAUUUUGCAAAAGCAUGAACACCCCGUAAGAGAAUAUUCUCAAGUAGUAAACAGCAGUAAUGUCCAUUUUUGAAGAAGGGAUUGCGUUUUUAGGGGUGCUCAUGUUUUUUUUUGUCUAAAUUUAAAGCACUUUACGUUUGACUUUUUUUUUAACUUAGCUCUUGUGUUGAAAUUGUCUCAUGCAUUGAAAAUAGGAAAACAUAACAGCUAAAAGGAUCAAACUACAUUUGUAUGUAAAAACAAAUGAGUUGCAACACACACCAGCUGUUUAUAAUGUAAAUUAUUUAUUGAAUAAAAGAAAGUGUCUUGUUAGUAAGGUG